AAAAAACAAAAAAAUUUUUCUCAACGGAAUGAUAAAAAACUAUUUGAUUUCAUCUCAUAGAGAGAGAAAAGAUGAGAGAAACGAGGAGGGAAAGAGAGAUGCAGAGAGAGAGAACUGCUGCCGAUUUUUGGACUGUACGAUUUAUUUGAUAAAGAGAGAGUGUUUCGGAGGAGUCUCCUGAUUUCCUGCAGUUCGUUGCGAUCUCGCUGGACGGUGACCGGAAUUGGAUUGAUCUUUUUUUCUUUUUGCGUGUGCGAAUUGCUCUUUUGUGAACGAAGAUGGUGAACUCUAUGGUGGAGAGAGCUACGAGCGACUUGCUGAUCGGGCCUGAUUGGGCUAGGAAUAUCGAGAUCUGCGACAUGCUUAAUCACAACCCUGGGCAAGCAAAAGAUGUUGUGAAAGGCAUAAAAAAGAAGCUUGGAAGUAAAAAUCCUAAAGUUCAACUUCUUGCUCUAACUCUACUAGAAACUAUUGUAAAAAAUUGCGGGGACAUUGUCCAUAUGCAUGUUGCGGAGAGAGAUAUUCUUCACGAGAUGGUCAAAAUAGUCAAGAAAAGGCCCGAUUUUUAUGUCAAAGAGAAGAUAUUAACUCUGAUUGACACUUGGCAAGAAGCUUUUGGAGGAGCAAGGGCAAGAUAUCCACAAUAUUAUGUUGCAUACCAAGAGUUGUUGCGUGCCGGGGCAGUAUUUCCCCCAAGAUCUGAGAGUUCUGCACCUGUACUUACUCCUCCUCAAACACAACCUUUGUCUUCUUAUCCCCAAAAUAUUCGCAAUUCUGAUCGGCACGAGAUGGCUGAGUCUUCUGCGGUGCCUGAGUUCCCAACCCUCAGUUUGACAGAAAUUCAGAAUGCGCGGGGUAAUAUGGAUGUCCUUUCAGAAAUGCUAAAUGCAUUAGACCCUGGAAACAAGGAGGGACUUGGGCAGGAGGUGAUUGUUGACCUAGUGGAGCAGUGCCGUACCUACAAACAAAGAGUUGUACACCUCGUUAAUUCAACAUCGGAUGAGUCACUUCUAUGUCAAGGUUUAGCAUUGAAUGAUGAUUUGCAGCGUGUACUAGCAAAGCAUGAAGCAAUAGCUUCAGGGAGUUCUUCUCAAGCAGACAAACCUAAGCCUGAACCUGCAAGAGAACUUGUGAAUGUCAAUGGCCCCCUAGUUGAUACUGGGGAUAGCAGCAAGCAGUCUGAUGGGAGAUCCUCCACUAGCACUGGUGCAAGUUCUCAACCAUUUAAUCAGUUAUUGCUUCCUACUCCUCCAGCAACAAAGGGUUCAACUCCUCCAGCAGCAGUCAAUCCCAAAAUGGACCUGCUUAGUGGUGAUGACUACAAUUCACCGAAGGCUGAUAAUUUACUGGCCCUUGUUCCUUUGGGAGAACCACAACAAACAACUCCUGCAUCACAGCAGAAUGCGCUUGUUCUCUUUGAUAUGUUCUCUGAUAGUAACAACACCUCUGAUUCUGUUAACACCCAGUUUUCGGGUUUAGAUGGACAAACCAAUCCUCGGACUCCUCAAAUUCAGCAGCUGCAGCAGAAUUUUCAUGCGAAUGGAACUGCACCAAACAUGGGAUCACCUCGAUAUCAGCAGUCCUAUCCUCAAGGCACUGGUCCAGCCUGGAAUGGUCAGCUGGUUCGGCAGCAGCCCCCCUCACCUGUUUAUGGUGCCCAGAGCAGUGGCUCACUACCACCACCACCCUGGGAGGCACAGUCAGUGGACUCCAGCCCUGUUGUAGCUGCUCAGUAUCCCAAGUCAAUGGUUACUCAAGUUGUCAUAACACAUGCCCAACCUCAAGGACCUCAACAUAUGGGAAGUGAUCAAGUGAUGGGUAUGUACAUUCAGCCAAUCACAACCGGUCAUUUGUCAGCAAUUAAUAACCAGGCUGUUCAGGGAAACCAGUUUACUGGUUUUCAUCCCCAACCAAUCCUGGGAGCACAGUAUAUGGGCAUGCUUCCACAGCAAAUGCCAGCUGGCCAGAUGGCUUAUAUGUACACUCAACAAAUGUAUGGCAACCAAAUGGGAGCAUAUGGCUAUGGUCAGCAACAGUAUCUUGAUCAGCAAAUGUAUGGGCUAUCCAUCAGAGAUGACAAUAGCCUGAGAAACUCUUCCUACCAGGUUUCCACUUCAUCUUAUGUUCCGCCCAAAAAGCCUUCAAAACCAGAGGAUAAGCUGUUUGGAGACCUUGUUGACAUGGCAAAAAUUAAAUCAACAAAAACCACUCCUGGAAGAGCGGGUAGCAUGUGAACAUGGAAUUUGUUUUUUUUUUUUUUGCAUAUUUUUAUUUUACAUUUUUUUUGGUGUCUAAAUUGUUUCCUUUUUCUCAUUUCUUUCUUUCCUUAAAUAUUUUUCAAAAUUUUAUUUUAUAUAUAUUUAUAUGCAUACACACACACUUCACCAGUCACUUGACUCAGAUUUUAUGUUGCAUGUUUGGCAUUGGAAUCAUGUACAGUCCCUAUAGAGAAAAUUGAAAGAUCAACUCUUUUGGGUUUUGGUUGAUUUUUUGAGAUUUGGUUUUCAUUUUUUUGCUCAAGACAUACGGGAAUCUUAUUUCUGUUUGUAAUAGAAUGAAUAUGUCGAAUUUCUUUGCAAGUUUUAAGGCUGUUAUGCCUACAUUUUCUGGUAGGCAUUUUGAAUUGUAAGGCUGUUGUAAUACUUUACUUUUUGGAUUUUGCUACUGGCUUAUUGAAUUAGAAGGUGGUGUAGAAUCCUAUUUAAUGGCAGUGGAACAGAUUAUGGAAUUUUGUUUUUGGA